AUGUCCACCUCAGCAAGUUCCCAAUUGAACAAAGGCAUCAAGCAGGUGUAUAUGGCCCUGCCUCAGGGUGAGAAAGUCCAGGCCAUGUAUAUCUGGAUCGAUGGCACAGGAGAAGGACUGUGCUGCAAUACCCGAACCCUAGACUCUGAGCCCAAGAGUAUAGAAGAGUUGCCUGAGUGGAAUUUUGAUGGCUCCAGUACUUUCCAGUCUGAAGGCUCUAACAGUGACAUGUAUCUCCUCCCUGCUGCCAUAUUUUGGGAUCCUUUCCAUAAGAACCCCAACAAGCUGGUGUUCUGUGAAGUCUUAAAGGACAACCGAAAGCCUGCAGAGACCAAUUUAAGGCACACCUGUAAACGGAUAAUGGACAUGGUGAGCAACCAACACCCCUGGAUUGGAAUGGAGCAGGAAUACACCUUCAUGGGGACAGAUGGCCACCCCUUUGGUUGGCCUUCCAAUGGUUUCCCUGGACCCCAAGGUCCCUCUUACUGUGGUAUGGGAGCAGAUAAAGCUUACGGCAGGGCCAUUGUGGAGGCUCACUACUGGGUGUGCUUAUAUGCCGGCAUCAAGAUUGGGGGGACAAAUGCAGAAGUCAUGCCUGCCCAGUGGGAGUUUCAGAUAGGCCCCUGGGAAGGAAUUGACAUGGGAGAUCAUCUCUGGGUGGCCCGUUUCAUCCUAAACCGUGUAUGUGAAGACUUUGGCGUUAUAGCGACCUUCGACCCCAAGCCCAUCCCUGGGAACUGGAACGGUGUUGGAUGUCAUAACAACUUUAGCACCAAGGCCAUGCGAGAAGAGAACGGCCUGAAGCACAUUGAGGAGUUCAUCGAGAGACUAAGCAAGCGGCACCAGUACUACAUCCGCGCCUACGAUCCCAAAGGAGGCCUGGACAACGCCCGGUGCCUGACCGGAUUCCAUGAAACCUCCAACAUCAACGACUUUUCUGCCGGUGUGGCCAACCGUGGCGCCAGCAUCCGCAUUCCUCCAACUGUUGGCCAGGAGGAGAAGGGUUACUUUAAAGACUGCCGCCCCUCUGCCAACUGUGAUCCCUACUCAGUGACAGAAGCCCUCAUCCGCACAUGUCUUCUCCACGAAACUGGCGACGAGACCUUCCAGUAUAAAAACUAA